CUCCCCUCGGCGCCGGCAGCUCGGCUCGUUCCCUGCCUGUUGCCUGCCGAGGGAGGCACCGGCUGCUGCCACCGAGGGAAGGCUCUCGCCCCUUGUCCGCUGCCUGCCAAGGAUGAUGCUGCUCCGGUGACAUCCCGGCAUCGGAGCGAGAGCCAUCCCCGCCGCGGGGACCAGGGGAGGAAAAGUGCCCUGGGCUGAAAGGACAGUCCCGACUCCAUCCAGCAGCACGACAGCAAAUCCUUCCUGCACACAUCCCACCGCCCGGGAGAUGCUCCCAGAGCGAUCCCAGCCUGAAGCGGGGACUCUGCUGCCUCAUCCCAACACCGCUGCCUGCUCGGAAAGAAAGCUGACUUUUUGACUGUCCCUAAUGAGAAACUCAGAAAUCCGUGCUCCUUAAGCAAGUUUCAGCAGCCCUGAAUUAGGAGAGAAGGGAUCCCCCAGAAGUCUGACAAAGCAGGAAACAACCUUCCCCAGCUCACCCAAGGAUAAUCCMCCUGCUGUGGCAGAAGCUGGCAGAAAGCUGAUUGCUCAGUCUGCCUGGAAAACAACGCUAGAAACACCAAAGCUGUGCAAACCUUGGCAGCUCAGUUUGAGAGAAGGACCAAAGCUUUUCCCCUGCCAAAGGAGGUGACUUACCAAAAGGAGGCCCAAAGCAUUUUUAGGACAAAAUCAAACCAGAAGGAAGUGUGAAGCACAAGUGUAAUGCUCGUUGUCAUUAUGACAGCAACUUGCAAACCGGUUUGCAAAGGCUUGUCCCUGCUUUAACUGCGUGAACAGGAGCCUUCGUACCGAGAGCAUGGAGCAUCUCCUGCUGCAGCCAUCCUGCCAUCUGUGCUAAGKUUCCUCUCCUGACCUCCUUUGUGAGUCUGCUGAGGGGAGACAGGAGAUCUGAGGGUAAAUAGGGAAAAUGGACCAAAGCUGACAGAAAGCAAUGACUGAGAUUUAUUUCAAAUUCCGUGGGAACCUGACUGGCCGUGUCCACCUUCCAACUCUGGCUACGGAAGUAGACACAACAGCAGAUAAAUAUUCCAGCCUCUACGUGUACGUGGGAUUGUUCCUAACCCUYCUGGCCAUCCUCCUCAUCCUGCUYUUCUCCAUGCUCCUGCGCCUGAAGCAUGUUGUGUCCCCCAUCACCUCCCCAGAGGGCACUGAGAACRUCCAGCGGUUCACAGAUGUGGAAAUGCACAGCAGGAUCCCCAGCACUUAGGGAGCCCAAAGCAAAGAGGGCUCCRUGCUUGGGAAAUGUGUUUUGUUCAGCCAAAGGUGGUGGGAAGAAGCUCUGACUGCCUGUUGAGCCCCACAGCCCUCAGCAGCAGCAGUACAGAUCAUCUGGAGAGCGCUGACAU